AUGGCGUCGCUGGCUUUCUAUCUCUCCGCAGCCGUGCUGUUGGCUCAGUCAUCGGUUGCUUUCAACUGUUCAAUACCCCCAGUCUACGUCGACAUCCACAAGAGGGUAACCCACUUUACGGACAACUUCCAGUAUGGAUCCUUCGUUGGUGUAGGAACACCCGCACAGAACCACAGUCUAUGGCCGUCAUUGACGCAAAAUCAAACCUCCUUCGGCGCGAGCACAUACUGCGAUGGAAACAGCACAUUGAGAGACUGCAAGGAAUCAACUGGUGGCUUCUUUGCCUCAGGAGACUCAACUUCCUUUUCCGAGGACAAGGGUUACCAGACGCUAGACACUGCAUCUAACAGCACAUUCGAAAACUCCUACUUUGGUCAGGACACGCUCCGCUUGUACACACAUUACUUCGAGACAGACGGCGCAUGGCAAACCCUGAUAGACAACUUCACUGUGGAAGUUGUAGAAGAGGGCUCAACAGUACCCGGAGUUGUGGGCAUAGGCUCGUCAUCGACCGUGCUCAACGACCUUUCCGCAAGCAAUCAGAUAUGCGGCAAGAUGUACUCGUUGUACAUCGGCCAAGGCUUCGACCGAGCGGGAGGAAAGGUAAACGGAAGCAAUGUCUUCGGCGGAUACGACGCAGGCCGUUUCGUCGACCCCGUCCACAAAUACAACAUGAGCGCCGCUGGCACAAACCAACUGAGCGUCCGUGUGAAAGACAUCAUCAUUUCCGAGACUAACAAAGCAAACACCAACGUCUCUCUCUUCGAUGCCGCCGCCUUCCCUUCCAUGUCCUCCCGCCCCGACGCCUUCGACGCCGAGAUCACUACCGACCAGUACCCGCUCUCGCUGCCCUACGAAAUAACACAAAACUUCAUCUCGCACCUCGACGCCGAGGAGGACAACACUUGGGGCGACAACUCGCUCAAGCUUAAGAACGCUUUCAAUGGCAGUCUUACGAUUGUCCUCGAUGACGGUUUCGAAGUCACGCUCCCAUCGGAGGUCCUCAUGAACGCAUCGAAUAUCACGCCCGUCCAGUCCCGUGCCAAAGACUCUAAGGAGCCCUUCUUCCUCUCAGCUGCCUUCCUCACACAGGUCUACCUUAUGGCCGACUUUGAGAAACAGUCUUUCUUCCUCGCGACCGCCGUACAGAAGAACAACAUGGUGAUGCCCACAACGUUCUGCCCUGGGUCCACACCCACCGCAUACCAGCGGCCCAACCAAGGCGCUUUCGUCAAACAGGGCCUCAUCGGUGCGAUAGUCGGAGGCAUACUAGGCGGUAUCGGCAUCGGCAUCUGCGUGUACUGCUUUGUAGCGAGCUGCAGGCGGAGAGUCGCAGAGCGCAGGAUCGAGAAGCGGGCUGAGGAGGGCAGAAAGGCGGCCAAGAUGGCGCAGUUUGAGGUCGAGGAGGUCAUGGAGUUUGACCCGCCGCCGAAGAGCGCAACGCCUUUCUUCUGGAAGAAGCGGUGA